ACGGCAACGUGACCUCAUCUUUGUCAGUGAACAAAAUGGCGUUCUACUGUCUUCUACCAGGCCGGCUUCAGCAAGCCUUAGGCCAUGGAGCCCGGAGGUACCAUAUUUCAUCCUUCCUGUGCCAGAGACCUAAAGUUGCAAUGAGCCACUUUGAACUCAAUGAAUAUGUCAACUAUGAGAAAGUGGAAAAAAAUAUUGACAUUGUUCGUAAACGCCUGGACCGGCCCCUUACAUUGUCGGAGAAGAUUGUUUAUGGUCAUGUUGAUGAUCCGGUAAAGCAAGACAUUGUGCGAGGCAAGACUUACCUUCGUCUGCGCCCUGAUAGAGUUGCUAUGCAGGAUGCCACGGCCCAGAUGGCAAUGCUGCAGUUUAUUAGCAGUGGAUUACCUAGAGUGGCAGUGCCUUCAACCAUCCAUUGUGACCAUUUGAUUGAGGCCCAGCUUGGUGGCGAUAAGGACCUUAAAAGAGCAAAGGAUAUCAACAAGGAGGUCUAUAACUUCUUGGCAACUUCCGCAGCGAAGUAUGGUGUUGGUUUCUGGAAACCAGGUUCAGGCAUUAUCCAUCAGAUUAUCUUGGAAAAUUAUGCCUAUCCUGGAGUGCUCCUGAUUGGUACAGACUCUCAUACCCCCAAUGGAGGAGGCCUUGGGGGCAUUUGCAUUGGCGUUGGAGGUGCUGAUGCUGUGGAUGUCAUGGCUGGAAUUCCCUGGGAACUCAAAUGUCCUAAUGUCAUUGGAGUUAAACUGACUGGAAAGCUAUCUGGCUGGUCUUCACCAAAAGAUAUAAUUUUAAAAGUAGCAGGCAUUCUCACAGUGAAAGGUGGCACUGGAGCCAUUGUAGAGUAUCAUGGUCCAGGUGUGGACUCUAUUUCCUGUACUGGCAUGGCCACCAUCUGCAAUAUGGGAGCGGAGAUUGGAGCCACAACAUCUGUGUUCCCUUACAACCAUCGCAUGAAAAAAUAUUUGGAGAAAACAGGUCGCUCAGCCAUUGCAUCUCUAGCAGAUGAGUUCAAGAGCCACUUGGUACCAGAUGAAGGGUGUGAAUAUGAUCAUCUGAUUGAACUUAACUUGGAUGAACUGAAGCCACACAUCAACGGACCUUUUACCCCUGACCUGGCAACACCUGUUUCUCAGGUGGGAAAUAUUGCACAACAGAAGGGAUGGCCUUUGGAUAUCAGAGUUGGCCUUAUUGGCAGCUGUACAAAUUCUAGCUAUGAAGAUAUGGGUCGUGCAGCAGCUGUAGCAAAGCAGGCUCUUUCGCAUGGUCUGAAGUGCAAAUCUCAGUUUACAAUCACUCCAGGUUCUGAGCAAAUCCGAGCCACCAUUGAAAGAGAUGGUUAUGCUGAUGUUUUCCGUAAAGUUGGUGGUGUAGUGCUUGCAAAUGCCUGUGGACCCUGUAUUGGCCAAUGGGACAGGCAAGACAUAAAAAAGGGAGAAAAAAACACUAUUGUGACUUCAUACAAUAGAAACUUCACUGGAAGGAAUGAUGCCAACCCAGAAACUCAUGCCUUUGUCGCAUCUCCUGAGAUAGUCACGGCUUUAUCAAUUGCUGGGACCUUAACGUUUGACCCAGAGGGAGACUUUCUUAUUGGUGCUGAUGGAAAGCAGUUUAAGCUAGAGCCACCAGAUGCGGAUGAGCUACCCAAAUCUAAUUUUGACCCUGGUCAGGACACUUACCAGCACCCACCCAAGGAUGCUAGUGCUGAACGUGUUGAUGUGAAUCCUACCAGCCAGCGCCUGCAGCUUUUGGAGCCUUUUGACAAGUGGGAUGGAAAGGACUUGGAAAAUAUGCAAAUCCUCAUAAAGGUGAAAGGAAAAUGCACAACCGAUCAUAUAUCAGCUGCUGGGCCAUGGCUGAAAUUUAGGGGUCACCUGGACAACAUUUCUAACAACUUACUGAUUGGUGCCAUCAACAUUGAAAACAACAAAGCAAACUGUGUAAAGAAUUGUGUUACCCAGGAAUAUGGACCUGUUCCUGACACUGCUCGUUAUUACAAGGCAAAUGGAAUAAAAUGGAUUGUAAUAGGAGAUGACAACUAUGGAGAGGGCUCUAGCAGAGAGCAUGCUGCCCUUGAACCACGGCACUUGGGUGGCAGAGCCAUCAUUACAAAGAGCUUUGCAAGAAUUCAUGAAACCAACCUAAAGAAACAAGGACUGCUGCCUCUCACCUUUUCUGACGCAGCUGACUAUGAGAAAAUUCACCCCGAGGACAAGAUUGCACUUGCUGGUCUGAAGGACCUGGCACCAGGGAUGCCUGUCAAAUGCAUCAUUACCCAUCAGAAUGGUAGCCAAGAGACAAUCUACUUAAAUCACACCUUUAAUGAGACACAGAUUGAAUGGUUCCAAGCUGGCAGCGCUCUCAAUCGCAUGAAAGAGCUUUUGAACUAGACACACAUCUGACCCUUUCUUGACAUUUUACAUAGACUUACUUCCCAAACUGAUUGACCAUUCUGAUGUAUUAAUUGCAUACAUCUGCAGCAGUUAAAACAAUGUUCACCAACAUUUUCACUAAGCGAGUUAUCUGUUCAACCAUUUUUUUUUCUUUAGAAAUCAUUUAUCAUUAUGUCAAGUCUCAGUACUUUUAUGUCUGGUUUAUUUAUUGCCAGUUUCAUGUCAGAUUGAUCUUGAAAUUAAAUCUUUGAAAUGGUUACAAAGUACCAUGCUUUAUUAAACAAAUAUAUUUUACCUGACAACACUUGUCAAAAUAAAA